UCACGGCGAUGGCAUUGAAAGGCUAUCUUGUACUCAGCCUUCUAGUUCUCGUUGGCUCAUUUGCUAACAGCAGUGGCGCUAAAACUAAAAUCACAACCAGCUAUGGCAUUUCUUCCCUCAACCGGACCAGUUUUCCCAAGGGUUUCAUUUUCGGGGCGGCAGGAGCAGCUUAUCAGUACGAAGGUGCAGCAAAAGAAGAUGGUAAAGGCCCAAGCAUGUGGGAUUAUUACAGCCAUAAAUAUCCAGAGUUGAUUGCGGAUGGCAGUAAUGGAGAUGUAGCUGUUGAUCAAUAUCAUCGCUACAAGCAAGAUGUGGCGAUUCUGAAGGAUAUGGGUGCAGAUGCGUACAGGUUCUCAAUCUCAUGGCCCCGAUUGAUUCCAACGGGAAAGAUCAGCAAAGGCGUGAACAGGGAAGGAAUCAAAUACUACAACAACCUCAUCAAUGAGCUCCUGUCCAAAGGUCUCAAGCCCUUCGUGACAAUCUACCACUGGGAUAUUCCCCAGGCAUUAGACGAUGAGUAUGGUGGUUUCCUAAGUGAAAAAGUCGUGGAAGAUUUCCGGGACUUCGCGGACCUUUGCUUCAGAGAGUUUGGAGACAGAGUAAAGCACUGGAUCACACUAAAUGAGCCAUGGACAUACAGCAAUGGAGGUUAUGCACAAGGGGUAUUAGCACCUUUCCGGUGUUCGAGCUGGUAUAAUCCCAAUUGCACCGGUGGAGAUUCCGCCAUUGAGCCCUAUCUAGUCACCCAUCACCUGCUUCUUGCUCAUGCUGCUGCUGUUAAAGUUUUCAAGCAGAAAUAUCAGGCAGUACAAAAAGGUGUAAUAGGUAUAACCCAUGUGUGCUAUUGGAUGGUGCCAUACACUAAUUCCAAACCAGACAUCGACGCCGCUUCACGUGCUCUUGAUUUUAUGUUCGGAUGGUUCAUGGACCCCUUGACAAAUGGUGACUAUCCACACAGCAUGAGAACGUUGGUCGGAAGGCGAUUACCCAAAUUCACAGAAGAGCAAUCGGAGCUGGUGAAAGGGUCCUACGACUUCAUCGGAAUGAACUACUACACUGCUAACUAUGCUGCCUUUGCUCCUUCAUAUAAUUAUGUUAACAAAAGCUACACGACAGAUAGCCUUGUUAAUCAAACAUAUGAGCGCAAUGGGGUCCUCAUUGGUCCACAGGCUGCUUCAAGUUGGCUUCAUGUUGUUCCCAGUGGAAUUCGUGAUCUUUUGAAGUACACAAAGGAGAAGUAUUAUAAUCCACAAAUUUACAUAACUGAGAAUGGAAUUGAUGAGCUCAAUAAUAACUACAAGAAAAAUGAGUUUUUGUGGCCAUUUAAUUGCGACAAAAAGGUUAUUUGUUACACUGUUCGUUUUGGCAUCUACUUCAUAGAUUAUAAUGAUAACUUGAAAAGAUACCCAAAGCUUUCAGCUCAUUGGUUCAAGAAUUUCCUGAAGAAAUAUUAG